AUGGCGCGCUACAACCGCUGGCAGAACGCCAAUCUGCUGGCCGCUGCCGACACGCUGACCGACGAGGAGCGCCGCGCCGAUCGCGGCGCGUUCUUCGGCUCGAUCCACGAAACCUUCUCGCACCUUUUGUGGGGCGACAGCAUAUGGAUGCACCGAUUCGCCGGCACGCCCAGGCCGGGAGGCGGCAUCGCCGAGUCGACAUCCAUGGUCGCCGACUGGGGCGCCUUCGGCGCGGAGCGGCGGCGCUUCGACGAUAUGAUCGCCGAUUGGGCCGACGGGCUGGACGAUGAAUGGUUCGCCACCGAUCUGACAUGGUGGUCCGGCGCGGCCGGCCGCGAGGUCACGCGGCCCAGACCGGCGCUGGUGAUGCACUUCUUCAACCAUCAGACGCACCAUCGCGGGCAGAUCCACGCCAUGCUGACGGCGGCCGGCGCCAAGCCGUCGGACACCGACCUGUUCAUGCUGCCCGGCUGA